CAUCAUAAUUCUAACACAUAAUAUAUCACACCUCAUUUAAUUUAAAUAUGUAGUAGAAACAUAUACAUAUUGGAAGUAGAAGCAUAGGAGACUAGAGAUCCAUUAAGAGAGAAAGAUGGGCCCAACCCAAUCCAUGUCAAAUUCCAAGACACAGCUGUCAAAAUGGUUAGGGUUGUGAUUGUCGUGUUUGAAUAUUUGUGUGGGGUAACCCUAACCAAUCAGCAGUCAACACCAUGUCUCCUUCCUCUUCAGAUAUGCUUCCCACUGACCUUAAUCCCAAACCUAUCACCGCACUCAAGCCACGCGCCGCCUCCACCAACACUAAAGAUCGUCACACCAAGGUCAACGGCCGCGGCCGCCGCGUCCGGAUGCCCGCCCUCUGCGCCGCCCGCGUCUUCCAGCUCACUCGAGAACUCGGCCACCGCACCGACGGAGAGACCAUCGAGUGGCUCCUCCGCCAGGCCGAGCCUUCCAUCAUCGCCGCCACGGGCACCGGCACCCACCCCGCCGAGGCCAUCUCCACCUCCUCCGGCCCCCUCCUUCAUGUACCCCCACCUCCGCCUAGCUGCCAGCCGCCGCCGAUGGAGUUCAAAUUUAUACCUCACGGAUACGGACACAUGCCAUUCACGGCACUGCUACUUGAGCCGCCUACGGAGGAAAAAGAAAAGCCCACCGAGUUAGGCCGUGACUAGUAUGUCUACGGAAGUCGGAAGUAAUUACCCAUUAAUUGUCUAUUUCUACUUACUACUUACUACUACAACAUUAGUUUAGAAAUAAUCAGGCUAAUCAAGUUCACAACUUAGGUGAAAAUGCCUUCAACUCGUUGGGAGUUAGGCCUUUUGUGUAAUUUUGAUGCAAAAAUGAUGGUGUUUUGAAAUCACUGUACAAUUGACCUCACCCUACAAACUCAAAUGCACAACUGCACAAGAUGAUCGCAGCA